UAAAAAGGCUGGGGAGAGGGAGACAGAGAGUUUCUAAGCAUGAAUAAAACGGAGUGUCGCGGGACGCAGGCUGCUGAAGUUACUCUUCCUGCAGAUUUACAGUCCCAGUUGUGUGGUGCGAGCAUGCGUAUGACAACAAAGCAGACAUGUGGACGAAAGGCUGAGGCUCCGGGCUCCUAACUCCUCUCUGCACGGCUCAAUUAGAUUGCAAUCCCAGUUGAAAAGAUGACAUCUGCCACACCUCCGUCCUCUCGUAGCUCCUCCCCGCAGAAGGUUUGCCACUCCCAGACACAGACAGAUGUUUUAAAGCCCCUGCUGGGCGGUGGCAUAUCCGGCGGAGGUGGGACUCUGAGGAAGAGGAGGCGUGUCCUGUCCAAAGAUGGCCGUAGCAACGUGCGCAUCGAGCACGUCAGCGGGCGGAGUGCCCUCUACAUGCGUGACCUGUGGACAACAUUUCUGGACAUGCAGUGGCGCUACAAGUUCUUCCUGUUCACGGCCACGUUUGCGGGGACCUGGUUCCUGUUCGGAGUGCUGUGGUACCUGGUGGCACUGGUGCACGGAGACCUGCUUGAGUUCGACCCUCCGUCAAACCACACGCCCUGCGUGAUGCAGAUGCAGACCCUGACGGGGGCUUUCCUCUUCUCCCUGGAGUCCCAGACGACCAUUGGUUAUGGUUUCCGCUGCAUCACUGAGGAAUGUCCAGCCGCCAUCAUCCUCCUCAUCAUCCAGCUCGUCAUCACCAUGCUGAUGGAGAUCUUCAUCACUGGUACCUUCCUGGCCAAGGUUGCUCGGCCAAAGAAACGAGGCGAGACGGUGAAGUUUAGCCAACACGCUGUGGUGUCGACCCACGAAGGUCGACCCUGCCUGAUGAUCAGGGUGGCCAACAUGCGCAAGAGUCUCCUGCUCGGGUGUCAGGUGACAGGAAAACUCCUCCAGACGUCGCUGACCAAGGAAGGCGAGACGGUGCGUCUGGACCAGAGGAACGUGCCCUUCCAAGUGGACACGUCCAGUGACAGCCCCUUCCUCAUCCUGCCCCUCACCUUCUACCACCUCAUCGAUGACAACAGCCCUCUGCGAGCCUGGGCAGCCAAGGGUGGGGGCUGGACAGAUCCAGAGUUGGCAGACUUUGAGCUGCUGGUGAUCAUGAGCGCUACGGUCGAGCCAACCUCCGCCACCUGCCAGGUACGCACCUCCUACCUGCCGGACGAGAUUCUCUGGGGCUACGAGUUUCCCCCUGUGGUCUCCCUUUCCCCAUCAGGCAAAUAUGUAGCAGACUUCGCCUUCUUCGACAAAGUGGCCAAGACGAAGACCACUCCCAUCUUCAAACCAUCCAGCCCCCAGCACGGGUACCAGAGCAACGGGGGCGGGACUGUGCCUGAAUUGUCCGAUCCAGACAAGAUCCGUCUGGAGCAGAGCUACAGGGAGAGGGGGGAGGACCGCGGCCGGGCAAGAGACGCUCCUCUCAGCGUUCGCAUCAGCAAUGUGUGAACAGAUGGAAGGUUCAGAUGGGAGCGCUUCAUAGAGAGAAAUGCACAGGAGACUGGUUUGCUGGCAACAGUGAAUCUCUGAUAAACAUGACAUCAACACAGUUGGGAGACUGUCUUUUUAGACUGAUUUGAACUUAUAUCGGAAUAUCUAGGUCCCAUUAGCACCAAAUGAUGCAGAAAGCAAAUAUGGAAGACUACAGACCGCUGGUCAACUUCAUGUGUGUCAUUGUCAUACGUUUGCUGGGAUAAUGCAUGUUUUACACUGGUUUGACUAUUCAUAUGACGGCAUAACACUGCCUAACUGCAGCUACUGUAUGUAUGUUGGAUCAUAUACUGUAGACACUUUAAUAACAACAAAACAUAAUAGGUUGGUUUAUUUAUUCACACAGAAAAAAAAUCGAAUGGAACAAAACAAGCAGAGGAGAGCACAGAAACUUCGGUGGGUUUGUUAGGGUUUUCCCCUGAGGAAAAAGAGAAAAACACACGAAGGACUGAAAGGGGUAAGGCCAGUAUGAUGGGGGCGGCAGGGAAAACCCACAGAAGAGGUAGAACCUGCUUUUACAAAAGUCGUAUAACUCUGAUUGUUCGCUUCUAUUGCAGUAAAAACACCAAUGAGUAGCUCAGCCAGGUUAUUUAGAGCUCUUAAAAUGCCCACCCACAACUCUGUUACAACACUCUCAAGAUGAGUUUGUAUUCCUGUUGUGAAACAGCAGAAGUGCUGGAUUUAAAGACGCGCAAUGUGUAUUGUACAUGGCAAUGCACUGUAAUAUGUUAGAUAAAGCACUUUGGAGGUUCUGUCAUAGUAACGUAGCACCACAAGGGGAACGUAGACAAACUUCGAUUGCUGUUAGCACUUUAUGUGAGUACAUGAUGUACGUUCGCACCUUAGGAAGGUUAGCUGCCUCUGUCUGGAAGCUUAAGAUGUGUGUUUUUUUUAAUACUACUAAAACCUCGUACACACUGACUAUCUGAGGCGUCUGGAAUUGAUACUUUAAGACAGAUGAUAGUUUUUUACCAGUACAAAGUUUGUCUUUCUCAGUGGCCUCAAACAAACAGCUGCAGUUGUGACUGCCCAUCUGGUUACUAUAAACACUGAGGAAGCUCUCCUCUCUGUGGGAAGUAUAGGAGCCUUCUGUGCUUUCAUUUCGAGUUAAUAUUAACCUUAUCAAAUUAACAUCGGAUAUUUUGUCAAAGCCCCCUUUAUUUAAGGACGUGAAGAGGACUUUUAAUAUGGCUGCACCAGACGUCACCUGAGUGCUGAGAGAAACGAGAAUGUGUAAGUGAUGUUGUGAGUCACCGAUAAUGAUUCUGUUGGAAUGGAAACGUGUGACAGCUAUGGUUAGGCAUGAGAUGAAGCAAGGACGAGUAUGAUAGAGAUCAACAUGUUGGAAAUUGCAUGUAUUUGUAACAUUUCCUUAAUUAACAUCAAGCUCUGGAAUGUUAGUAGUGUUUAAAAAGCAGAUGGAGAUAUCAAAUGAGACAAAUUCUCUCUAAAAAGUGAUUUAAUAAAGCUGAUUAUGAGU